UCAGCCUGCGCCGGGGAACAUUGGCCGCCUCCAGCUCCCGGCGGGGCCCGACCGGCCCGCUUAGCCGCCUCAGACAUCCACCUGUCAUGGCAGUGAUGAGGCCUUCCUGGUAUCCCCUGCACACACCCUCCCUGGCAUCUCCCCUCCUCUUCCUCCUCCUCUCCCUCCUGGGAGGAGGGGCAGGGGCUGAGGGCCGGGAAGACCUACAGCUGCUGGUGAGGGUUCGAGGGGGCCAGCUGAGGGGCAUUCGCCUGAAGGCCCCUGGGGGCCCAGUUGCAGCUUUUCUGGGCAUCCCCUUUGCAGAGCCGCCUGUGGGCUCACGUAGGUUUAUGCCACCAGAGCCCAAGCGGCCCUGGUCAGGAGUGUUGGAUGCUACCACCUUUCAAAAUGUCUGCUACCAAUAUGUGGACACCCUGUACCCUGGGUUUGAGGGUACUGAGAUGUGGAACCCCAACCGAGAGCUGAGUGAAGACUGCCUGUAUCUUAAUGUGUGGACACCACACCCCAGGCCUGCUUCUCCCGCACCUGUCCUCAUCUGGAUCUAUGGGGGUGGCUUCUACAGUGGAGCAUCCUCCUUGGACGUGUAUGAUGGCCGUUUCCUGGCCCAGGUUGAGGGGACCGUAUUGGUAUCUAUGAACUACCGAGUAGGAACCUUUGGCUUCUUGGCCCUGCCGGGCAGCAGAGAAGCCCCUGGCAACGUAGGCCUGCUGGAUCAACGGCUUGCCUUGCAAUGGGUACAAGAGAAUAUUGCAGCCUUUGGGGGAAACCCGAUGUCAGUGACUCUGUUUGGGGAGAGUGCAGGUGCAGCCUCGGUGGGCAUGCACAUUCUGUCCCCGCCAAGCCGGAGCCUCUUCCACAGGGCUGUCCUACAGAGUGGUACGCCCAACGGGCCCUGGGCCACCCGUGAGUGCGAGGAGGCCAGGCGCAGGGCCACACUGCUAGCACGCCUAGUGGGCUCCCCAGGUGGCGCUGGUGGCAAUGACACAGAGCUGAUAGCCUGCCUGCGGACGCGGCCAGCUCAGGACCUGGUGGACCAUGAAUGGCAUGUGCUUGCCUCAAGAAAGUAUCUUCGAUUUUCCUUCGUGCCUGUGGUGGACGGGGACUUCCUCAGUGACACGCCAGAGGCCCUCAUCAAUGCUGGAGAUUUUCAAGACCUGCAGGUGACUAAUGGUUGACCAGAGUGCUUGGUGGGUGUGGUGAAGGACGAGGGCUCCUACUUUCUGGUUUACGGGGUCCCAGGCUUCAGCAAAGACAAUGAAUCUCUCAUCAGCCGGGCCCAGUUCCUGGCUGGGGUGCGGAUCGGUGUACCCCAAGCAAGUGACCUGGCGGCCGAGGCUGUGGUCCUACACUAUACAGACUGGCUGCACCCUGAGGACCCUGCCAACCUGAGGGACGCCAUGAGUGCAGUGGUAGGCGACCACAACGUUGUGUGCCCCGUGGCCCAGCUGGCUGGGCGACUGGCUGCCCAAGGGGCCCGGGUCUAUGCCUACGUCUUUGAACACCGUGCCUCCACAUUGACUUGGCCCCUCUGGAUGGGGGCCCAUGGCUAUGAAAUCGAGUUCAUCUUUGGGCUCCCCCUGGACCCGCUGAACUACACCAUGGAGGAGAGAAUCUUUGCUCAGCGACUUAUGAAAUACUGGACCAAUUUUGCCCGCACAGGGGACCCCAAUGACCCUCGAGACUCCAAGACCCCACAGUGGCCACCGUACACCACUGGAGCGCAGCAAUAUGUGAGCCUGAACCUGAGGCCCUUGGAGGUGCGGCGGGGGCUGCGCCAGACCUGCGCCUUCUGGAAUCGCUUUCUCCCCAAAUUGCUCAGCGCCACUGACACGCUGGACGAGGCGGAGCGCCAGUGGAAGGCCGAGUUCCACCGCUGGAGCUCCUACAUGGUGCACUGGAAGAACCAGUUCGACCACUACAGCAAGCAGGAGCGCUGCUCAGACCUGUGACCCUGGGGGGACCCUCAGGUCCCGCCACCCUGCCCGAGCCCCUAGCUGUAUAUAUACUAUUUAUUUAAGGGCUGGGAUAUAAUACAACCAAGCCCCAGACCCUGUCCACCCCAUCCCGACUUCCCCCCACUAGGGGCUCUCCUUCUGCAUGUCUGGGACCGAGCUCCCAUCCCCGCGGUGCCUUCGCCCCUCCGGGCCGCCAAUAAACUGUUACAGCCACUA